GGUCUUCUUAAUAAUGGAAGACGGCAAGAGUCCAAAAUCUGGAAAUCAUGACAUAAGAAAAUCCACCCGUAUUGUGUGUGAAGAAAGCAAGGCUGCCAGAGCUGUAACCAAUCAAAAUUAUAAAACCAACAGAAAUGACAAGUCUAUAAAAGAAGUUGGGAAAAGUUCUACAAGUGGUAACAGUUUCAAAAAGAUUAAGCAAAAUGAUGUUUGUCCUGAAAAGUCAGGAGAAAAUAAAUCACGUAAGACAAAUAGUUGCAUUCCUGGAUUUAAAGACAUGGGAUCAGGUCUUCAGGAUCAGAAUCAUAGCAAAGGAAAAAGAUUACCAAAUGGAUCAACAGCAGUAGAAAAUCAGAAAGCGUUAAAAGUUCUGCAUGCACACGAAAACCUUCCAACUUCUCAUAUUUUAGAGAAUGGUGCCAGCACAGACAUCUUACCAACUACCCAGAGGGGAAGUCCUGAAUUGGCAAAUCCACUAAGAGAGGAUACCUCAACAAUUAAUGCUAAUUGGUGUAAUGACUCAGAGAAAAGUGAUUUGGAUUUAAGAUCAGUAGAACAAACAUCUGAAGAUUACUGUAAGUGCAUUCAAGUGUUUUUUUUUUAAAUCCUGUCAGAAAUU